CGCGAACAGACCAUUGCGCCGCCACUCCCGAGUGUUGACUCGCCGCAAUUGACCCCGUGCGAGCUGCAACCGAGUCGGCACCUGCCACAGCUCUCCUCCAAAGGUUCUGAACUAGCAGCUCCAGUAGAUAUUGCAGGCGACAGACCCUCAGGGCCGCCGCCGACAUCAUGGGCCUUCUCGACGACGCAGCGUCCGUCAUCUCGGCGCGCACCUCGCACUCGAAGCGAUCCAAGUCGCACCACAGCCGCCGCCACUCGACCCACCACAAGGACCGCUCACGCUCCCGUUCCCGCGACCGCUCUCGGCACCGGCACUCCCGCUCGGCGGCCGGCAUAGGCGGCGGCAUAAGCGGCAUUGCCGCCUCCAUAUUUGGCGGCGGCGAUGACGAGGAGCACCUCAACUACCACCAUGACGGCGACCACCACCGCAGCAGCAAGCGCCGCAGCAGCUACCGCGACAAGGACGACGACGGCACCCGCUCCUUUUUCGGCCUGCCCAACCCGUCCCGGAGCUCCUUCUUUAGCGGUUUCGGCGGCCGCCACUCCCCCUCCGGAGCCUCCUACUACAAGCGCUCCCCGCGCCCGGGUUUCGUCGCGCGCAUGCUCAAGCGCCUCAAGCGCCUGCUGCGCGACUUGCUGUACUAUGCCAAGCGCCACCCGGUCAAGGUGUUCAUGCUCGUGUUGAUGCCGCUCAUCACGGGCGGCGCGCUGACGGCGCUGCUCGCCCGGUUUGGCUUGCGUCUGCCCAAGUAUCUCGAGCGCAUGCUUGGUUUGGCGGCCAAGGCCGGCACGGGCGACUCCAUUGGGCUGGUGGGCGAGGCGGUCAAGAUGGUUAGUGGUGGUGGCGGUGGUGCGGCGGCGAGGGUCGCGAGGGCGAGUGUGGAGCGGGGGAGGGAUGCCGGGGUGCAGUGGGAGCGCAGGAGUUUCGAGAGAGAUUAUGUUGGUGGAGGAUUAGGUGGCGGGUGGAGUGAUGGGCUGAAGGGGAUCACCAAGAUGUUUUCUUAAUGAGGAUCAUGAUGGUAUGAGUUAUGAGAUAUGUGUGGGCGGGUGGAUGAAUCUUAUGCGAAUCCGAUCGGUGUUUGGGUAUUUGAGCCAUGUGGGUUGAUGUACGCUUUGUUAUGUCUUGUGCCAUCUCGAGUGGGAAGGUCUCGAGUGUUAGAGGGCCCGACCACUACCCGAGUUUCUUCGACUUUCGAUCUAUGAGCGGCACACAGUCUUCACUUUGUAUGCGUAUCACUUGGUCAAGUGCCUCCAUGGUUUAGACGCAGUACUCACGGGACGGUCAUCUUCGGGCAAAUAACUCAGAGUGUCAGGUUUGCUGUGCGUUGUUUCUAUUCUACAUUCUACUAUCAAAAUGGUCAAG